AUGGAAGUUGAACUACUGACUGCACUACUGACGGCCGUGGUAGUAUCCACCAUCAAAACGAACAACUCCAGCAAUCUCAGCAACAACAUCAACAACAACAUCUCCAUCAGCCAAUCGUGUCUACUCACUUCUAUGACGUCACCAAAGAAAGGGCGAGUGGGUGCCUCUGCAGCGCAGCAGCUGCACCACCAGCAGCUGCACCACAAGCAGCCGCCGCCAGCAGACGUGUACGUCGUCGUGUACUCCGUUGAAAACAGGAACUCCUUCGAAAUAGCCGUGGACCAUUUGUUCAACCUGAAUCACGUGACGACCUCAAAGUCAAUGACGUCAUCCAAUACGUCAUCGGAAAAAAGAAAUUCGUGGCGUUUCCUUGACGACGGUACAUUUCCGGUCCUGCUGGUAGCCAACAAGGUUGACCUUGUUCGUAGUAGGGAUGUGCUGGAACAAGAAGGAAAGUUGAUGGCGGAGAUGUACCGGGUGCACAAGUACCUGGAAGUGUCCGUGGAGAUAGGGCACGAGGUCGAUAGCCUGAUCCGCACCUCCCUGAAACUUCUAGCAAUGACGUCAUCCACGUCGUCCGCAACAUCUUCUUUGCCGGAGUCAUCGAGCAUUUAUGACGAAUCAUUUUCUGCGUUUAAACCUUACGUCAGAGACAACAACUCCAACAACAACAACAACUUCAACAAUAAAAACAACAACAACAACAACUCUAACAAUAAAAACAAAAAUAAUAGUAACAACAACAAGAGCAACAUGAAACAUCAAGUGCAUUACGAUUGUGCAACUGAGAAAAGUUUCAAAAGGCUUUCAGAAAGAGCAACAACAUCACACAAGACAACGAAACAAAAACAUCAAAAUUUGAAUAAAAGCGAACUUAGAUACGAAGAAGGCAAGUGCUCGUGUUGUUGCGCGUCGACUUCGAGCCAACAUGAAGAGCAGAGUCAGUAUUCAAAGUCAUGCAGCGAUCUAUCGCACUGA